AUGAAAAAUCCUCUGGACAUUACUCGUUGAGAGAAAAUUUGUCUGAAACCAACCAAUUUCCCAGUAACCACAUAAAAGAUCCAAUCUGAACUUCUAAAUUAAGAAACCUUUAUUGCAUUUGCAAAAAGAUUCCGACCCGAUUUUUCAUCUUUCCACCAUCUCCUUCUCAGAUUCUUCCUCCGUCGCUGUGAUCCGUGUCGCUGCCGCCUUCUUCAGCAAUUUUUAUAUUAAACCCGUUCCUCGAUUCCCUAAUCUCAAUCAUUUGGGUACUCAUUUCUAGGUCGCUAUUUGCUCCCCGGAUCUGCUUCCAUCAAUACCUUGCUGUGAUAUCAUCGAACGUGGCUGAAGUUCAAAGGCUUUGAGACUCAAAAGAUAUGGUGAGGGAGACUGAAUAUUAUGAUAUAUUGGGUGUCGGCGUUGGUGCCUCCCCUGCAGAAAUUAAAAAGGCUUACUACGUUAAGGCAAGGCAAGUUCAUCCAGACAAAAACCGAGGAGAUCCAAAAGCUGCUGAUAAUUUUCAGGUACUGGGAGAGGCUUAUCAGGUAUUGAGUGAUCCCGAGAAGCGUGACGCAUAUGAUAAGUAUGGGAAGGCAGGAGUACAACAGGACUCCAUGGUGGACCCUGCAGCGGUGUUUGGUAUGCUUUUUGGAAGUGACUAUUUUGAAGAUUAUGUUGGGAAGCUUGCUUUGGCUGCAUUGGCAACUUUGGAAAUUGACGAAGAUUCACCAGACCCUGAAAUUCGCAGGAUAAAAUUUCAGGAAAAGAUAAAGCUGUUUCAAAAGGAAAGGGAAGAGAAACUCAUAAACAUUUUGAAUGACCGCCUCCAACCAUAUGUUGAAGGUCGGACUGACGAGUUUGUGAAAUGGGCAAAUUCAGAAGCGCGACGACUCUCAGACGCCGCUUUUGGUGAGACUAUGCUGCACACCAUUGGAUACAUAUACACAAGGAGGGCUGCUAAGGAACUUGGGAAGGACAGACGUUAUAUGAAUGUGCCGUUUUUAGCGGAGUGGGUGCGAGACAAAGGACACCAGAUAAAAUCACAAGUGAUGGCAGCUUCGGGUGCUGUUUCUUUGAUUCAAUUACAGGAAGAGCUGAAGAGGUUGAACGAAGGAGAUAACAGAGACGAGGACCUGGAGAAAGCCAUUGAAGCCAAGAAAGAUGCUGUUCUUAACUCGCUUUGGCAGAUUAAUGUGGUCGAUAUCGAAUCAACUCUAUCACGUGUCUGCCAAACGGUUCUUAGAGACCCCAGUGUGUCGAAGGACGUGCUGAGGCUUCGAGCCAGAGCACUGAAGAAGUUUGGAGCGAUCCUCCAAGGUGCAAAAUCUGCUUACAGCAGAGAAAACAGCCUGAGGCAUGAAAGUGAGAGAGCAAUUGGUGUUGCUUCGACUUCUUGAUCUCACACUUCCAUGGCAACCGUUAGUCUCUCCUUAAUGCUUUUUGCUUAAGGAUGGUGGUGAUCUGAUGAUAUUCUUUUUGAUUCUAUAUAUUUUGAACAAAGUGAAUCUUCUUGAUAUUUUUGUAUGCUUUUGUUGAGAAUUCCUUCUUUUUUUUUUUUAACAUUUUCUAUCCUAUUUUGUAAUUUGUAGUAUAUAAUCUACUCUUCUUGUAAAUGAA